GAGGGAACGGUGGUGGCGCGAGCUGGAGGCGGCUGGCCGGUGCUCGUCGGCCUCCGGCUCAACUGACCGCGGGCAGGCCCGCCGGGGACGGGUGGGCGGGAGGCUCGGAGCUUGUUUAAUGAAAAGUGCCAUACAUUGCAAAACCAAACAUGAGGGUAGCAGCAAGAUCAGCACUGGAUGCAGCUGCACGUGCUACAAAGCCUCCUAGAUAUAAAUGUGGAAUUUCAAAAGCUUGCCCUGAGAAGCACUUUGCUUUUAAAAUGGCGAGCGGAGCAGCCAACGUGGUGGGACCCAAAAUCUGCCUAGAAGAUAACAUUUUAAUGAGUGGCGUUAAGAAUAAUGUUGGAAGAGGAAUCAAUGUUGCCUUGGCAAAUGGAAAAACAGGAGAAGUAAUAGACACGAAGUAUUUUGACAUGUGGGGAGGAGAUGUGGCACCAUCUAUUGAGUUUCUGAAGAGCAUACAAGAUGGAACGGUAGUACUGAUGGGAACCUACGAUGAUGGAGCAACCAAACUCAACGAUGAGGCACGGCGGCUCAUUGCAGAGCUGGGCGGUUCUUCAAUCACUAAUCUGGGCUUCAGAGACAACUGGGUCUUCUGUGGUGGGAAGGGCAUUAAGACAAAAAACCCUUUCGAACAGCACAUAAAGAACAACAAGGAUACCAACAAAUACGAGGGAUGGCCUGAAGUUGUGGAGAUGGAAGGAUGCGUCCCCCAGAAGCAGGACUGAAGAGGAAGCAUGGAACCCGGAAAGCAGCCACUUUGGCCGCUGUUGGCUGAGCUCGAAAGGAGAAACCAUGUGUAAAUAUUUUAUGAGCAUGCCACAGUCUUGGUGCACGCAUGAGCAUUAUGUCUUUUGCCAUCGGGAGUAUUUAUUACUAACGUAAAUGGAUAUCUUUGUAAAUAGUCAAGCCCAGCAAGCGCGUCACUGGUUCCUAAGCGGAUCUCCGUGCGAGAACAGUGUGCAGACUGCUGUGGAGGUAAUGCGCU